UGCUGCUUUCCAAAUCUUGAUUGUUUUCUUCUUUCUGUUUUCUAUACUUUCUACUUUCAAUAACUUGCUAAUGACAUAAUAACUGAGAUUUAUACAGUUGAAAAGGGAAAAAGAGGUUAAAAAAUUAGUACCAUAACCGAGAGAGUAUCCUAGCCAAAGAUGGAACUUCCCGGUAGAAAUUCUGAUUACCGCGAGAAGAGUUACUGGGACGAACGCUAUACAACAGAAGAGAGCUACGAUUGGUUCACAGGAUACUCGUCAUUCCAACAUCUCCUGAGGAGAGACAUCCUGCCACAACAACACAUACUAACUAUUGGUUGUGGAAACAGCUCCAUGAGCACAGACAUGUAUGAGAACGGAUUCAAACACAUCACAAACACAGAUUUUUCACCAGUGGUCAUAGAGAAAAUGGCAGAAAAGCACAAAGAUCUGACAGAAAUGAGCUGGCAGGUGAUGGAUAUGUGUGACAUCUCAUUUCCUGCAGAGAGUUUUGAUAUUGUACUUGAGAAGGGGACGCUAGAUGCUGUGAUGGUCCAUGAAAGAGACCCAUGGAAUACUUCACAGGAAACCCUGGACCUGAUUGAUUCAGUCUUACAACAGGUGGAACGAGUUUUGAAACCAGGUGGCAAAUUCAUAUCAAUAACAUUCGCCCAGCCCCAUUUCCGGAGACCCCUAUAUGCACGAAAAAAGUAUGGCUGGGAUGUUAAUAUGUCUUCUGUGGGGGAGGCGUUCCACUUUUUCUACAUGGUGAUGGAAAAAGGGAAACAACUCAGUGAGAAAGACAUAUUAGCGGAGAAAGAGAGAGAGAAGAAGAGAUUACUCAGGGAAAAUAACUCUGAAAACCCAGUGACGUUUAUGGAAAAUGACACCGAGGAUUUUGUUUUGUCAAUAGAAUUGUGAUAUUUCUUUGAUUGUAUUUUAUUCAUCAAUGUAGAUUUUUUCAUGUCAGAACAAAACAGGUAUUGUAUUAGCAUUUUUUCUCUGAAAAAUAUAUAUGUUAAUAGUAAUCUACCGAAGAAAAAUCAUUGCAUUUAAAUAUUUUAUAAAGCA